GCUGAAAUAGAUACUCCUGUGUUGUAUGAAUAUUCAUUCGGUCAGAGACGCCGAGACAAGGAACGCGAGACAAAUUAUUGUUCACGGAGGGCCCAGAUUCGCUCAGAUCCUGUGACAAAGCCUGCUUCCCAGCUGUCUACCGCACACCCGCCUUCACCGAGAGACCGCCACAAUGUCCAAGGACCAGAAUGGAACCUGGGAGAUGGAGAGCAACGAGAACUUCGAGGGCUACAUGAAGGCUCUUGAUAUUGAUUUUGCCACCCGCAAGAUCGCAGUGCGCCUGACUCAGACAAAGAUCAUCAAUCAGGAGGGUGACAACUUCAAGACCAAGACCAACAGCACGUUCCGCAACUACGACCUGGACUUCACGGUGGGCGUGGAGUUUGACGAGCACACGAAGGGCCUGGACAACCGGCACGUGAAGUCGCUGGUCACCUGGGAAGGGAAUGUCCUCGUGUGUGUGCAGAAGGGGGACAAGGAGAACCGAGGCUGGAAGCAGUGGGUCGAGGGGGACAAGCUGCACCUGGAGCUGACGUGCGGUGACCAGGUGUGCCACCAAGUCUUCAAGAAGAAGUGAGACCCUCGAUGAGUCAGCCCGCACAUGUCCCCUGCUCCCCAGGAAGAGCCUUCUGCUGGCUUCUGGAACCUUCCCACUCC